UUGUGCUGGUCGGAGCACAGCGAGGCCUCCAAGGUUAAAUUAUUAAAAGCAGACUUGGCACACAGCUCGCCCGUCAGCUGGCGCGCGUGCUGCCCUAGGAGUGAACCUCUCGCUCACCUUGUGCUGGUCGGAGCGCGUAGAUACCAAUGCUGCGGCGAGCAGGUGGCGCAGCAGGCGCGACUUGGCGCGCAGCUCGCCCGUCAGCUGGCGCGCGUGCUGCUCCAGGAGUGA